AUAUCUAUCCCCUUUCUCCGUCGCAGAAUAGCAGGCGUCCGACUCCGACGCGCUGCGCCGCCUUCUAAGUCGCGGGUACCUCUUCUCCGGCAUCUCACCACCGUCGAUCCUCUUCUUUACGGCGGCCAUGGCGCUCGUUGCUCUUCCUGUUCUCAGCCCACCAAGAUUGAGCUCGGACCCUUGCAUUUCCCCAUUUCUCAAGUCCUCCUUCCUCCCGGCCACCAUCAUUCCCUCCUCCUCCACUUCCUUCUCAAACCGCACCACCACCACCACAGGACGGAAAUUUCCUCGUCCUUUAACCGUCACCGCUUCCUCCUCCAAGAUCGUCCGCUUCCCCCCGCUCGACCGCAACGCAUCCAAGCACAGCCGCCUCCGCUUCGCCCGCAAGCUCAAGACCCUCCUCCUCUCCAAACCCCGCCACUUCCUCCCCCUCCGCAUCCUCUCCCGCUGCCGCCCCUACCUCGGCCUUCCCCCCUCCCGCUCCCUCCUCUCUAUGGUCCUCCGCUACCCAGCCCUCUUCCGCAUCCUCCGCUCCCCCUCCGACCUCCUUUCCGUUGCCCUCACCCCUGCCGCCGAGGAUCUCGCCGCUCGCGAGUCCCUUGCUCGCUCCCACCUGACCUCUGCCCUCGCCUCAAAACUCCAACGCCUACUCAUGCUCUCCCCUCGCCGAUCCCUCCUCCUCUCCAAGCUCGUCCACCUCGCCCCUGACCUUGGCCUCCCCCCGAACUUCCGUUCGCAUCUCUGCAACUCCCACCCCGACCGUUUCCGCACCGUCGACACAUCGUACGGCCGCGCACUCCAGCUCGUCGCCUGGGACGACGCCCUCGCCGUCCCUUUUCCUUCCUUCCGCCCGCCUCUGUCCUGCGAAGACCGCCGCCCCAUCAUCGAUCGCCCUUCGCGCUUUAAGCACCUCCCCCUUCGCCGCGGCCUCAAUCUCAAGCGCCGUCACCGUGAUUACCUAAUUCGCCUGCGCGAGAUGCCCGACGUCUCUCCCUAUGCGGUUACGGCCGAUCGAGGAGAAGAACAGAACCGUUGGUUGUCGUCUGAAGAGGCUGAGAAGAGGGCGUGCGCGGUGGUGCGAGAGGUGCUGGGAAUGACGGUGGAGAAGCGCACCUUGGUGGACCACUUGACGCACCUGAGGAAGGACUUCGGGCUGCCCAACCGGCUGAGGGCGUUGCUGGUCCGCCACCCUGAGUUGUUCUACGUGAGUGUGAAGGGGGUGCGCCACUCGGUGUUCUUGAUGGAGGCUUAUGACGACAAGGGGAAGCUGUUAGUGGAGGACGAGCUGCUGGAGGAGAAGAGGAGGUUGAUGGAGUUGGUUAGGGAGGGGAAGAAGAUGAGGAGGGAGAGGAGAAAAGAUGUUGGAUACAGUGACCAUGCGGACUCUGUGGAAGAGGAAGAGGACGACGAGGAGGAGGAAGAAGGCAAUGAGGAUGAUGAUUUUGCCAACCUGUUUGAGUCUGGGAUUGGGGAAGACUGGGAGGAGAUUAGGAAUUGGACUAGUGAUGGGAUUACGGAAAUUGAAGUCGAAGAAUUUUGGGUAAAGAAAGCUGCCUCCACUGGUGUUGUUGAAGGUGUUGGAGAGUUGGAAGCCUGGUGAACCAUAGCUCCAUGGAUAUUAAACGUAUCGGAGACUAUUAAGAGAGAGAUCAGUCAGUUCUCAGGGAAACAAAAUUGAAUCUAACAAUUACUCCUGCAGUAAGAAACUAUAUACUGAAACUGGGGGCAACAAACUAUACACCUCAGAAGUUCGCUUGAUUAGUUUUUGAAGUACAUGCUAUCUCAUUCCAUUUCAAAAUCCUUGAAGAGAUUUUUAGAACUCAGAUUAUGGAAAAUCUUAUGGCAAACUGAGAUCUCUUACCUUAGAAGCUAAUGAUAUCAGACAGGCAGCGUUAUUGAUGGACCUGAGAUGUAUGAGAUUUACAAGCCGAUCACCUUCUCUGCCUAUAUAAGGCAAAUGCUACUUGGAUUUAAGAAUGAAGGCAAAGGACCUCGACGGCACUAAUAGCAAUAUUGUGAAUCAGUCUACUCUGCAGUUCUCGUUUGCCGCUUCAUUAGUAUGUGGACUCAUCAAUUGCUGUUUUCGAUAGUAAACGUGAGCAAAUAUCUCCAAGCACAGUCAGACGAUGAGGAGAUUCGUCUCUCGUUUCAGGGUCCUGCAGAAAUGUCUUUGGCUCGCUUUCCUCACAGUUUGAAUUCAGUUCGAGCUUUCAGCUUCAAUGAAUACUCUAGGCAAGCCCAUCUCAACUUCAUCAUCUGCCACUUUUUCUCCUUAUAAUUCAGCAAUUCAUAGGCAAGUCCAUCUCAACUUCAUCAUCUGCCACUUUUUCUCUACCCUAUUUAGUGGGAUAAAUCUUAAAUAUGAUAGUGGAAGGAGUUAUAAAAUUUUCACCAACCAUAUUUGCAUUGGAGGCGCUAACCUAAUGUGAAUGGAGUUCCAACCGCUCAGCCCCUUUCCCUUCCAACUGACUUCAUUUUGACAGGUUCGUCUAUAGUUGAAUCAACAAAAAAUAUUCAUCUACUUUUUCGUGUUAAUGUGAUAUAUUUAGUCCAAAUUUAAAAUCAUCUCUUCCGUUGUGUCGUAUCUAAUGUAAUAGUUUUUUUUUAAUCUCUGUUUCUCCCUUAAAAUGGAUUGUUGUUC